UUUCUGCGGCCCAGGGCGGGGGCCCCUUAUAUAGAGCUGGCGCGGGGGCAGUGCGCUCGGAGACACAGUCCCGGGACGGAGCUGAGCGGAUCCCAGCCGUGAACGGCGCGGGGGAGGGCUCCUCAUCUCUGCCCUCCUAAGCCCAGAAUGAAAAAAGCAAGCACUGACCUCCCUCUGAGAGAGUUUCAAGGUUCCCAGCCGUCAGAAGCAGGGCUUUAGCCCCCGCAGCCAUGUGGGCAGCACAGCUCGUUAGUGCCCUCUGCCUCCUGGCAGUGGCCGGGGCAGCUGAGGUCCGGAAGCCAGCCUCGGGGAAGGCGGGGGAGGCGAAGCUGAGCGAGAAGGCGGCCACCUUGGCCGAGCGGAGCGCCAGCUUGGCCUUCAACCUCUACCACGCCAUGGCCCAGGACAAAGGGGUGGAGAACAUCCUGCUGUCCCCGGUGGUUGUGGCUUCCUCCCUGGGCCUGGUGUCUCUGGGCGGGAAGGCCGCCACGGCUUCGCAGGCCAAGGCCGUGCUGAGUGCCGACAAGCUCCGCGACGACGACGUGCACGCCGGCCUGGCCGAGCUGCUCGCCUCCGUCAGCAACUCCACGGCCCGCAACGUGACGUGGAAGCUGGGCAGCCGCCUCUACGGGCCCAGCUCGGUCAGCUUUGCCGACGACUUCGUCCAGAGCAGCAAGAAGCACUACAACUACGAGCACUCCAAGAUCAACUUCAGGGACAAGCGCAGCGCCCUGCAGUCCAUCAACGAGUGGGCCUCCCAGACGACGGACGGCAAGCUGCCGGAGGUCACCAAGGACGUGGAGAAGACCGACGGAGCCCUCAUCGUCAACGCCAUGUUCUUCAAACCCCACUGGGAUGAAAAAUUCCACCAUAAGAUGGUUGACAACCGAGGAUUCAUGGUGACCCGCUCCUACACAGUAGGCGUGCCCAUGAUGCACCGCACAGGUCUCUACAACUACUACGAUGAUGAGACAGAAAAACUCCAGAUGGUUGAGAUGCCUUUGGCCCAUAAGCUCUCAAGCCUCAUCAUCAUUAUGCCCCACCACGUGGAGCCUCUGGAGAGGUUGGAAAAGCUCCUGACCAAGGAACAGCUCAAGACCUGGUUGGGCAAGAUGAAGAAGAGGGCUGUGGCCAUUUCCCUUCCCAAAGGCGUUGUGGAGGUGACGCAUGACCUCCAGAAACAUCUGGCUGGCCUCGGCCUGACGGAAGCCAUUGACAAGAACAAGGCAGACCUGUCUCGAAUGUCCGGCAAGAAAGAUCUAUACCUGGCCAGUGUCUUCCAUGCCACAGCCUUUGAGUGGGACACGGAUGGCAAUCCCUUUGACCAGGACAUCUACGGGCGGGAGGAGCUGCGGAGCCCCAAGCUCUUCUAUGCUGACCAUCCCUUCAUCUUCCUGGUCAAGGAUGCCCAGAGUGGGUCCUUGCUUUUCAUUGGCCGCCUGGUCCGGCCCAAGGGCGACAAGAUGCGUGAUGAGCUUUAGGCCCUUGGACAGGGGUAGGGAAGGGGGGGUGGAUGGGUGGGUGGGUGGUGGGUGUGGGAAGAACUCAAUGGGUGCUAUUUUGGCCAGCUGGGGCUGGGUCAGGGCCAAGGCUACAACCAAGGCUCAGUAGUGGUGGCAGUAUCAAGGCGGGGGUCUCUAGAUUCAGGUGGUGGACCUCACCUCUCCACUGUUCCCUGGAGUUUCAGGAAAGGGGGCUGGUUUUUCCAGUGCCCUGGACCGUCCCUCCGGAUAUUAGGGGCGUGCUGCUGAGGGGGGGUGGGUGGAUGAUAGGUCCUCUGGGGUUUGGGCUGGAAGUCUGAGAGAGGUGGGUUUUUGCAACCCCCUCACAUGCCCCUGGGGAGAGCAUUCUGGUUCUCCCCUCUUCUCAGAGUGCUUCUGGGUUCUCUGAAAGUGGGCUGAGAAACAUCCCCCCACAGACUUCUCCCCCUCCCCAGGUCCCCUAACUGUCUCAUCUAGAGCCCAUUCCAUCCCUACCUGGCAGGGUAUUCUUACCAGUAGUCAUUUUCAUAUCUAUCUGAGCUGGAAGUGGCCUUAGAGACCAGCUAGUCUACACUCCCUCCCCCAUUAUACAGAUGGGGAAACUGAAGCCCAGAGAGAGGCUUGCCCACUGUUACACAGUGAGUUAGUGACAAAAUCAGGAUUGGAACCCAAAUUAAAUCUCCACUGGGCUGCCUUGGUUCCUCUAUAUUAGAGAUGACCCCCAAAUUCUACACAGCCAUGAGCAGGGACCAGAACCAAAGAGUUGUCACAUUUCCAAAGCCAUAUUCUAUGACCCAGCUACUGAGUAACUCGAGUCAAGAAUAGAGAGUGCCAAAGAACAGCACCCCUCCCAAAUGCAUAUAUAGGGUAACAGACCAUUGGAGUUGGAAAGGACCCUACAAGUCAUCUGGUUAAAACCCUCUCAUUUUUACAAAAGAAGCUGUUUUUGAGAGGCAGGAGCAGAAGAGCUGAGAUUCUGGCUCAGGGCCUCUGACUCCAAAUACACUAUUUUCCACCAUGUCACAUCCAAGCCUACACCUGCUUUUGGCCCCUCCUCCCAUUGCCCCCUGGGGCUGGGGCCCCAAUGUUGCACUGUGACCCUCCGGACCGUGGAAGGACAGGCCGGAGAGCAAGGAGACGGGAGGGGAAGGAAUUUUUGUGCGGCAUGUGCCCACGUGGUCCGCACAGCUUUAUUUUCUCAAAAGGAGUCUUUUUUUCAAAAAGGGGGGGAGGGAGGGAUGGGGAGGAAAUUAGCCCUUGUAUCUGCCAAAGCAAGGGUUUUGUUGUAAGAUUUUUGCGAUCAAAUGUGUUUUGCAAUAAAAUGUGUUUGUUUUUUUUUUUCA